AUUCCGAAUUCAGUUUAUCGUUUGCGGUUGAAGAGCACAGACACUGUAUUUAUUAUAACGUCCCCACAGAUUGAUUGUCAAUUAAUUUUCGAACUUGUUGUUCCCCAUCACCGUACUAAUCUAGAUUCAAAUCGUUUUUAAAAUGUCCUGGUACUAUACUCCUCGCCCCACCGUCUAUCCAGCGGAGGAGUUCGAUGCCUCGGCCGAUGCCAACGCACUGCGGAAGGCCAUGAAGGGCUUCGGGACCGAUGAGCAAGCCAUCAUCGACAUCCUGUGCGCCAGGACGAAUCAACAGCGCCAGGAGAUAUCAGAGGCCUUUACACGGGAACUGGGACGGGAUUUGAUUGAAGAUCUGAAAUCAGAACUGGGUGGUAAGUUCGAGGAUGUAAUCGUCGGACUAAUGCUGCCUCCAGCCAAGUACCUCUGCAAGCAGCUACACAAGGCCAUGGACGGAGUCGGGACCAACGAGAAGACGAUAAUUGAAAUUCUGUGCUCGCUGACCAAUGAGCAAAUGCACGAUGUGGUAGCUAACUACGAGGAGAUGUACGACCGUCCAUUGGCGGAGCAUCUUUGCAGCGAAACUUCGGGUAGUUUCCGCCGACUACUGACUAUGAUCUGUAUUGGAUCUCGCGAUCCUCAGGGCACCGUUGAUCCAGAUCUGGCCGUUGAACAAGCGAAUCAGUUGUACAAUGCGGGCGAAGGCAAGCUGGGUACCGACGAAGAAGUGUUCUACAAGAUCUUGGCUCACGCUAGCUUCGAUCAGUUGGAGAUUGUGUUCGAGGAGUACAAAAGUCUGACCGGACGUACGAUCGAGCAAGCCCUGAAGGCAGAACUCAGCGGAGAGCUGUACGAUGCUCUGAGCUCGAUCGUGGAAUGCGUCCAGAUGACCCCGCAUUUUUUCGCCAAAAGGCUACACAAAGCCAUGGAUGGCGUCGGAACAGACGACGCAGCGCUGAUCCGCAUCAUCAUAUGCCGAUCGGAGAUCGAUCUACAGAACAUCAAAGACGAGUUCGAACAAAUGUACAACAAAUCGCUAUAUAGCGUCGUCAAGGGUGAAACGUCUGGUGAUUACAAACGUGCCUUACUUGCACUCAUCGGUGACGCUUGAAGCAUCUCAGAAGCCCCAUCCAAAUACCAUCUAUAUGUCGAAAUUCUCAGAAAACGAAUCUCUGUGUGAAGUAUACGUCAUCGUUUCCUGAAGUAACUUAUUCAUUCUAUGCGCACAGUAUUCCGUUUGACUCACAUCCUCAAACUCAAGCUGAGCUGCAAAACUAAAUGAGUAAUUGCCGCAAGAAAUGAAUUGAAUUGAUGAAGUCUCAUCCAAACAAACUAACGCGUAGAACAUUCAUAUCUGUAUUUGUUAGUAAAAUAACUUAUUCGUUGUUGAGAAUAUUUUCCCUACAGCCAUCUGCGUAUGUGUAUUCAUCUAUGUCUAUAUCGCAAUAAAACGUUGUAAGCCAAGCAAAAA